UCUGAGCCAUGCCGCGAUCUUCAUGGCACCAGAGUUCGUACUCUGCAGACAGCUCCUGCAGCCUUCUUUCACGAGGAUUCGCUAAAGGCGACACCAUCCCAAUCGCAGAAAAAUGCCAAGUCGAACAUGCUGCAUCCUGGAAUAAGGACCGCUUCAUCGCUGGCAACGGUGAACCUGCGCUGUUGGCGCGUCUUUUCAGGGUGUUGGCAGCAGACUUGGCGCUUUCGAUGGCAUCUUCGUGGAUCUCGCAGUGGUAUGGAUUGUUCACCUGCCUUGUUUCCAGCAAGGCCGUGGAGGGUGUUGCCAACAUCACGACGGAUGCUUUGAAUGGCAGCUCCGACUCUGGAUACUGGAAGUCAUCUCACACACACCGACGUCAUGCAACUGAGAUGCAACGGCGCUCCUGCAGACCAUCCAGCACUUCGGAUCAUGGAAGACAGAGCUGCGACAAAGUGUGGCUCUGAGAAAACCACCCGCCGAAGACGUCCAUUUGGAUCGCGAACAGUCAGGUGCGAGAGUCACCCCAAGACACCAUCGAUGCCGCUGUCAUCGGAAUCAUCUCCAAUGUCAUGGAACUGGAGGUGAGAAGGAAUCUGCAGAAGCAACUGCAUUGAUCGCUGCAAGGCAUGCCUCCUCAGCAUAUCCUGCGAAGCAGACUUCGAGAUGAAUGGAGAAUGCCAAGCACUCAACUGCAAUGGCCCAUGGCUGAGUCUCAAGAUUGUCCAUUGCAGUCUCCUGGCACAGGAGAACAAAUCUUGCAUGGACCGCUUCCUGAAGGAACGUGCCUUUCCCUCGUUGCACUGGCAUGGCUGACAUGAGCCACUGCGCAGCCCUUGACACAACUACAGUUUGUGGAUCUUGCUUCUGUUUUUUGAAGGCAUGUAACAACGCGUUUUGAUCCCUUUAAGCCUUA